AUGCCCAAGAAGGCAAAGGCAAAGGAGCCUUCUCCUCCUGUGGCAGCAAAGGAAACGGGAAAGGGCAAAAAGGGGGCCAAAGGAGAUGCUGCAGCCGCAGAUCUGCCCGCAGCUGGGCCGCCUAAGCCGACAGUGAAGCAAAUUAUUGGCGGCUCAUCAUGGACAGGCAAGCUUCCCGUGAACCUGCUUAGCGAGUACUGCCAGAAGCAAAAAUGGGAUAAGCCCGUCUUUGAUACCAAGAAGACGCCGGAGGGCUUCUCGGUCUGGAUCACCCUCAGUGCAAAGGACGCAAAGACGCAGCAAACAGUCAAGCUCGACCCAUUCAAGAUUACACCGACGCAUAAACAUCUACUCAUGAGGGAUACAGCACUCGAAGCAAAACACGCAGCAGCGACAUAUGCCCUCUUUAGAGUCUGCAGCAUGCAGAAUAAGCACACGGUCCUGCCGCCAGACCACAAGGCCCUGUGGAAGGACUUUCAGGCCCUCAAGGUACAGGAUGUCAAGGACGGCAAGGCCUGGAUGUACGAAGCAGAUCCAUUCAAGGCAUUAAUCGAACGACAAGAAGCCAAGGCCGCAGCAGAGAAGAAGCGCAAGGAACUGGAGGCCCAAAAGGCCAAGGCUAAAGAGUUGCCUGGAGCGGCUGGUCUUGUGCUGCUGAGCAAUUCUGGAAGUGGUAGCCAAGGUAUAUCCAAUAUGAUGAAGGGAUGGACAACAGCACCCAAUGUGGAGAUGGGCAGACAAACAAGAGCACAGCUGGAAGGACUUCUUCGCAGCGGUAUCUCUUGGAACCCGCACGGAGUGUCCAUGUCGCGCUCCCAAAAGGACAGCGCCAUUGCUGAGUUGGCCAAAAUUGGGUUCAGAAAAAGUCACGUUACGGAGGCAGUGGAAUACUGCAAGGAUAGAGAAGAGACCCUCGAAUGGCUGCUUAUCCAUGUUCCUGAAGACGAUCUUCCUAGGUGGGCGCUGCCUGAAAAGUAUGCUGCUGGUGUAUCUAUUGCGCAAAACGAUUUGCGUAGAGACGGUAUGAUCCAGAGACUGUCGCAGACUGGAUAUUCGCUAGAGCUCUGUGCCCGUGUUCUUGACGACUCUGGCAGCAAUGAGCUUGCUGCUGCAGAAGCACUGCAGCAUAUCCUCGCUCCUGUGCCCAAAGAUGAAGCUGCAGGCGACGACAAUGACAUGGACUUUUUGGAUAUGGGCUCGCCGGAAGAGCAGUGGAUACAAGAGGUAGAGAGCCUCGAGGCCAUGUAUGCUGGUAGCUUCCAGCGUGAUGGUGACGAUACUGUGCAGAUUACGCUCGACGAUGUCAAGAAUGGUGGCCAAAAGGUCGUUACUGCGCUGCAGAUUCGCAAGUCUUCAAGCUACCCCAAGACACUUAUCCUUGGUAUCGUGGCAACACUGCCGUCGUACAUUAAGCUGAGCAUUGUCCGAAAGGCGCUCGAGUAUAUGAAUGAAUCCCUCCGCGACGAGCCAAUGAAGAUGUAUCUAGUUAUGGACUGGAUUCAGCAAAACAUCAACGACAUUAUUGAGAACCCGGGCAAACUGGUCGACAUUGCGUCGGUUUCAUCUGCCGCGGUCGAGUCCCAGCCAGCAGCGUCUCUUGGUAAAAGCAAAAAGACCAGAUCCCAUGCCAAAGCCAUUAAAUGGAAUGUCGAUGCCCGCAACAAAGAACUUUGGGAGAAGAGACAGCAAGAAGCUGCGUAUCAAGACAUGCUGUCCAAGAGACAAAAGCUGCCUGCCUGGAAGAUGCGCGUGCAAAUCGUUGAGACGGUCACUAACAACCACGUCACGAUUAUUAGUGGUGAGACUGGUUCGGGUAAAUCUACACAGUCGGUCCAAUUUCUAUUGGAUGAUUUAUAUCAGCGCGGUCUAGGCGGGUGCGCAAACAUGCUUGUUACGCAGCCUCGCCGUAUUUCAGCGCUUGGUCUGGCGGACCGUGUUUCUGAAGAGCGCUGUUCCAAGGUCGGACAGGAGGUUGGCUACGUGAUCCGAGGCGAGUCUCGCUCCGGACGAGAUACUAGAAUCACGUUUAUGACGACGGGUAUUCUGCUCCGCCGUCUGCAGACAUCUGGUGGCAAGGUUUCGGACGUUAUCGCGUCCCUAGCAGACGUCAGUCAUAUUAUUAUUGAUGAAGUCCACGAGCGAAGCUUGGAUACUGAUUUCCUGCUCAACUUGCUGCGCGAGGUGAUGAAGAGCAAGAAGGACAUGAUUAAGCUGAUUCUCAUGUCUGCUACUCUCGACGCUGCCACGUUCAAAAACUACUUUACCUCGGAGGGAUUGAGCGUUGGCACAGUGGAGAUUGCCGGCAGAACAUUCCCUGUGGAUGAAUACUAUCUCGAUGAUGUGAUCCGCAUGACUGGUUUCAACGCGGAGAACCCUGAAGGCGGGUUCAUUGGUGACGAGAUGAUGGGCAAGAUUAUCCAAAAGAUUGGGCACAGAAUCAACUACCAGCUGCUGACGGAGACGGUCAAGGCCGUUGACUACGAGCUGGCUUACGAGAAGAAGUCGGGCGGCAUUCUCAUCUUUUUGCCUGGUGUUGGCGAGAUUAACCAGACGUGCAAUGCUCUACGAUCCAUCUCGUCGCUACACGUCCUCCCGCUACAUGCGUCACUCGAAACAAAGGAGCAGAAGCGUGUAUUUGCCAGCCCGCCACCAGGCAAACGCAAGGUUGUGGUCGCAACCAACGUUGCCGAAACAUCCAUUACCAUUGAUGAUAUCCUCGUCGUCAUUGACAGUGGCAAGGUCAAGGAGACGAGCUUCGACCCGGCCAACAACAUGCGCAAGCUCGAGGAGACGUGGGCGUCCAAGGCGGCCUGUAAGCAGCGCAAGGGUCGUGCGGGUCGUGUCCAGGAAGGCCGCUGCUACAAGCUCUUCACGCGCAACCUAGAAGACCAGAUGCCGGAUCGUCCUGAUCCCGAGAUUCGCCGCGUGCCUUUGGAACAGCUGUGUCUGUCUGUUCGAGCAAUGGGUAUGCGUGAAGUAGCUCAGUUCUUGGGCAGAUCACCCACACCACCCGAGGCAUUGGCCGUUGAGGGCGCCAUCAAGCUGCUCCAGCGCAUGGGUGCACUAGAUAGUGAUGAAUUGACAGCCCUUGGGCAGCAGCUGGCAAUGCUGCCUACCGAUCUCCGCUGCGGCAAGCUCAUGGUGUUUGGCGCCAUCCUCGGCUGUCUCGACGACUGCGUCUCGAUUGCUGCCAUCCUCAGCACCAAGAGCCCCUUCCUGUCGCCCCAGGAACGUCGAGAAGAAGCUAGGGCUGCAAGAAUACAGUUUUGCCAUGGUCACGGUGACUUGUUGACGGAUCUCGAGGCCGUGCAGGCGUGGGAGGGCAUGCAAGCCGAUCGACUGCCGCAGAGACAGAUGCGCAACUUUUGCGAAGACAACUUCUUGUCGUACAACACGCUGUCAGACAUUGUCAAUACAAAGGCCCAGUACUAUACGGCGCUGUUGGAGAUUGGACUUGCUUCGUACGCAGAAGCAUCGCGAGAGGGUCGUCGAAGUACCAGUGAACAGGGCAACCCGCAACUGCUACGGGCGUUGAUUGCUGCUGCAUUUACGCCGCAGAUUGCGCGCAUCCAGUACCCCGAUAAGAAGUUUGCCAGUUCCAUGUCUGGCGCGGUCGAACUGGAUCCCGAGGCCAAGGCUAUCAAGUACUUUAACCAGGAGAAUGGGCGCGUGUUUGUGCAUCCGAGUAGUACGGUAUUUGACAGCCAGGGCUUCACGGGACAUGCCGCGUACAUGGCGUACUUUUCCAUUAUUUCCACGUCCAAGGUGUUUAUCCGUGACUUGACGCCUUUCAACGCGUACACGCUGCUCAUGUUCUCCGGCCCGAUUGAGCUCGACACACUGGGUAGAGGCCUUCUUGUCGAUGGAUGGCUCAAGUUGAGAGGCUGGGCCAGAAUCGGUGUCUUGGUUGCGAGACUGAGAGGCAUGGUGGAUGAUUUGAUUGCCGAAAAGGUGGAAAACCCGAGUCUUGAUCUCAAGGCAAGUGAGGUGGUGAAGAUGGUGGUGAAGCUGAUUGAACUGAAUGGUCUUGAUUCGUAA